UUUCUCAAUCCCUUAGGUCCCUCUCCAAACCGUUUUCUACUAGACUUGUCAACCAACCUCUCUCUCUCUCUCUCUUUUGUUUUCUCACUCUUCCCUAUUUUGCAAGCAAACCCAUAACCAUAACCAUAACCAUCACCAUCAUCAUCAUGGUCAUCAUUAAUUGCCUCCCCAUGAAGCUUCUUUCUAAUAUUUCUCACUUUAUAAAUUAAUCCUUGUGUUGUUGUACACAUCAAACCAGUCGGGAGAGGAAAUUGCCCUUUGGAGGAACGUUGCGAUGAGGAAGCCAGAGGCGUAUGGUACUAAAAACAAAAACUGUAGCAAGCUUAGAAAAGGGUUGUGGUCACCAGAAGAAGAUGACAAGCUCAUGAACUACAUGCUAAACAAUGCACAAGGGUGUUGGAGCGAUGUGGCGAGAAAUGCUGGCCUUCAAAGGUGUGGCAAAAGUUGUAGGCUUCGAUGGAUCAAUUACUUGAGACCUGAUCUUAAGAGAGGUGCAUUCUCACCCCAAGAGGAGGAACUCAUCAUACACUUGCAUUCCCUUCUUGGUAACAGAUGGUCUCAAAUAGCGGCGCGCUUGCCUGGUCGAACCGACAAUGAAAUAAAAAACUUUUGGAACUCAACGAUAAAGAAAAGACUCAAGAACAUGUCCUCCACGACCACAACCUCAACCUCACCAAACGCAAGCGAAUCCUCGUCUGAACCUAGUAAAGACCUCAACAUGGGAGGGUUUAUGUCUACGCAGCAACAUCACCAACAUGCACGCUUUGUGCCUAUGUUCGCUUCAUCUCCAUCACCAUCACCAUCAAUGCAAACCACAGUUUUCAAUACCAUGAUUGAAAGGUUGCCUAUGCUGGAGCAUGGAUCAACCAUGCAACCUUCUGGAGGGUACUUUGAAGGAAUAGGAUCAUGCUUUUCUCAAAGUGAAGUUUACAACAAAGGUUCUUAUUUGGAAAACGGAGUGUUUGGGAGUGUAAAUAUCGGGGUAGAAGGGGAUAUGUUUGUUCCUCCCCUUGAGAAUGUUAGCACCACUGUUAAUCAUAAUAACCUGAGUAGCACGUGCAUGGGAGAAACUAACAACAGUUACUUUGAUGACAUAAAUAGUAUCCUUAAUAACUGCAACGUUGGCAUAGCUGAAAAUAAAGCUGGGGUGGAGAAUUUGUUUCAACAAGAGUUAGCCACGGGAGAAUGGGACUUUGAGGAGUUCAUGAAAGAUAUUUCCUCCUUCCCUUUUGUUGACUUUUCAUUCUAAUUGUUCUCCCUACCGAUUUUCUUUCGUCAUACUGGUUGAUCAAUCUCCACACAGCCUUGUAUAAUAUGCAAGUAUUUUCGCCCUUAUACAGAAUUCACAAGCGAAAAUGGCGUAAAGAUCAUAAAGUGGGUUUUGCAUUUUUCAACAAAGUCUUUUCAUACACAUGAUAAAGAAAUUGAGCUCCUGUCAAUAUCAUACUUAAAGAGACUCAGCUGUCUAUCAGUUGUGAAGGACCUUAUUUGUAGUCCAACAUAUAUAUUUUUCUUGAUAUCCAUUUGAUGAUCAUGUAAUUAGUCUUGCAGGUUAAUUUGUGUAGUUAACAAAAAUAAUUUGCCAUACAUGUAAAAGGAGAUGUGAAUAGAUUGUUAUACGUACAUUAUUUUUUGUUCAAGUUUUGUAAGAUAUGUAGUACUUAUUGUGUGUGUGUAUAUAUAUAUACACACACAAUAUGCGCAUAGUUUUAACUUGGAAUAUGUAGUUAUGCUCAA